AUGGUUACUGUGCGCGAAACACAUGCUUGUGUUGGAGAUUAUUGGCGUUAUUUGCGUAAUAAGAUUACCGGACACACUGUACUGUUGGGUAUACUGUACUUCCCAUUGAAUUUCAUAAAAUGCCAGAGAAGUAUAUCGACGGCCGGCGGACCACUUCGGGUGCAGUUGACGGUCAGGGAUGCGUUGAACAGCGCUAUGGAUGAGGAGAUGGAAAGGGAUGAGAGUGUGUUUCUGAUGGGCGAAGAGGUGGCCCAAUACGACGGCGCCUAUAAGAUCAGUCGCGGCCUCUGGAAGAAGUGGGGCGACAAA